AUGUCAACUAUAUAUAUAACUCCAGAAGAACUUAUUAAAACUGGUGAUAUUAUUCAAGAGCUUCAUUAUGUUUGCUAUAUACAUAGCUCUUUACAAUCUGGGUAUAUAUGUGAAAGAAGUGAACAAAGCAGUGAUAUUGUUACAAGUGCUUUUACAGCAAUUACAUCUGUUUAUCAAAUGGUUUUUGACACUAAAGCAAAAUUUUUAGGUCUUAUGUAUUUAGGUUUAAAUUAG